AUGUCAGGAGCUAGAAGCCGUCGCUUGGUGAAGCUAGCUAUUAGUACUAGCACUGGUGUAUUCAGCGAAGAACAAGCCAGCUCAGUUAGUUGGCACAGCCUAAGUCAGGAAGACUCUACGAAAAAAAAUGUUGAAGUGACAGCUGGUGCUCAGGUACAAUCACCGUCAGCAGAAUUCAUCGUAGAACAGCAUAUUAUUAGAGAACAAGAAUGGUUUACACAUCCCUCCAAAGCCAAAAGAACGCCCGAGAUUGGGGUGAUUACGCCCUCCGGUGAGUUUGUAAUGGAAUAUACAACACAGACCCAUCCUGUAGAAACUGAAAGGCACGAUAAAAACAUGAAAAAUCAAUUAGACACUGAUUUUAGUUCAGGAUCGGAUGAAUUAUAUGCCCCACCUGAAAGUGAGAAUGACAGAGAGGUACAAGCAGAUGAUUGUGUUGGAUCAGUCAUUGAAAUUUCAAUUCAAGAUGGCCAGGUGGCUAAUGUAACGUCACAACAACAGUCGCAACCGAUAUCGGACACAGACAAAAAUAUUCCAGAUCAAGAACAACCAAAACCAAGAAAACGUAAAGGUCAAGUUAACACGAAUGCGUGGAAGAGAUUUAAAAAUGCUAAGUUAAGAUUAGAGGGAAAGUCUUAUGUUGGGUUUGGAAAACAGAAAAGUGGUAAAUACAAGCAAAAUAAAAUAAAAGAAGCUAAAUGCUUAGGUCCAAGAUGUAAUGGGCAUCCACAGCCGACAACAGUUAAAGGAGGCCCAAAACAAGAUUUCAAAUGUGAUACGAUUAGUGAGGAUGAUCGAAAGUCAAUACAUUCACACUUUUGGAAUCUGUCAUCUUGGGAGGCUAAAAAAAGUUUACGUCACUGGGUGUGUAUUGCGGGCACGUCCAAAGUAUAG